AUGGACGACCCGGGUAGCUUCAUCAGGGCCAGCCUGCUGUAUCAUCGAAUCCUCUGUAUCAUAUCAGCAUUUGCAACAACGUUCACGAUACUUAUCAUAUUAAAGCAUACUCCAGUAAAGUCAAGACCCUAUAUGCGAUAUUUGAUUGCUCUCCUCUACCUCUCCAUCUUGUCCCCUAUCAUUUUCACGGCCACCGACGAUACGGCGGCUCUUUGCUUCGUCUCGGCUCCGAUCAUCCAACUUGGCUCUCGUCUCCAGGAAUUAUUCGGCCUGUCGGACCCGGUAUUCUCGUUGCGAUUUUCUUUGAUUACCGGCCUACUCGUCGCCGCGACAAAUCCGGCCGCUUACGCUCAUGCUGUACUUUAUCGACAUCAGAUUUCGAUCGAUCCACGCUCCAUUUGUCUGAUGCCGACAACAUUAUUGCGCGGCGCGUUUGCGGCCUGUUAUUUGGUCGUCGCGUCCAGUGGCCUAUAUCUGAUGGCGACAGUGGGAAUGCUGGAUUUUAAAGCCGCUGACUUCCACCCGGCAAGUCUGAAAAACGUGGUACAGAAAGAGCUUGCAGCAAUGUGCACAGAUCGGCUGAAAGUUGAAUGGGGCUGGACGUUGCUAGGCGGCGUCUGCUUUGGGUUCUGCUGUUUGCUAACCCUAGCCGGCCACUCUUACUACUCGCUGGUGUCCCGGAACAUCCUGCACAAGAAAGUGCGCGAAAUGUCGAAAAUUUUGGUCUUUUCGAUGGCAUGUCAGUUCGUCUUCGGCUACAAGAUUCUCGAUAUAUUCGAGCGGAUCUUCGCGCCCAAGCCCGAAUAUCCGACAUGGGCGUACUGCUUUGGAAUCGCCAUCAUCCUCUUCCAAUUCUCGCCGUUCAUCUUCUUCGCCAUCCGCAAUAUUAUCAAGGCGUCCGAGAAGGGCGAGCCAAUUCGCAGCCUGCUGCGCGUGCAGCCCGACCACCCCUCCUACAAGCGCAUCAUGGCGCUGAACGCCGCGCAGACGCCGACGGGCGAAAGCCAGAUCGAAUCGCCGUCGGGUGUGCAGAAGGCGGAUAAGUCGACGAAUGUCAACUUGUCGCAAAAAUCGGCCUCCAAAUCUGGCUCUGGG